GAUCCUGGCUCCAAUCCCUUUCCCAGCCCCAAUUCCCAAUCCCAAUCCCAAUCCCUGUCCCAGCGCCAAUCCCAGCCCCAUUCCCAGCCUCCUCCCCAAUCCCAGCCCCAAUCCUGACCCGAAUCCAGCCCCCAGCCCCUCCCCGCUCCCAGUCCCGGUUCCAGUUCCCAGACCUGGUCUCGGUUCCCGGUGCCGGUGCCGGUGCCGGUGCCGGUGCCGCCCCUCGCGGUGCCACGCUGGAGCCCAGCCCGGCUCGGUGGCACUCGCCAAACCAGCCGGGCGGGCACAGGCCGGGACACGCCGCGGCCUCUCCGCCCCUCCCGGCUCCGCGGGGACCCGCGCGGCGGGGAAACUGAGGCACGGCAAGCGCGGGGGGGGACCCGCGCCGGGGGGCUCCCGUCCCGGGGCGGGCUCUGGGGUCCUGUCCUGGAUUCGGGGUCCCGCAGGUGGAGAGCUGGACGCGGCAGGACCAGAAGCUGCUGGAGGCGGUGACACGCGGGGACGUGGCCCGGGUGGCCGCCCUGGCCGCCCGCAAGGCCGCCCGCCCCGCCAAGCUCAACGCCAGGGGACAGUCCGCGUAUGUCACCCCGGGGGGACACUGGGGGGCUCGGGGGGGGCACAGGGGUCACGGCCACCUCUCCCCCCACCCCAGGCUCCACCUGGCCGCGGGCGGGGGUCUCACCGAGUGCCUGACGCUGCUGCUGGAGCACGGGGCUCCCGUCAACGGGACCAACGAUGACGGCAGCACCGCCCUGCACUUGGCCACCAUCGCCUGCCAGCCCCAGUGCGUGAAGGUGCUGCUGCAGCACGGAGCCAACGAGCGCCACGUGGACGGGCAGAACCGGACACCGCUGCACUGGGCUGCCUCCUCGGGCUGCGCCUCCAGCGUCCUCCUGCUCUGCGACCACGAGGCCCCUCUGGAUGUCCCCGACGCUCACGGCCAGACCCCCCUGAUGCUGGCAGCACAGCGGAACCACGUGGCUGUUUGUGCCCAGCUCCUGCGGCGCGGGGCCCAGCCCGGGCUGGCCGACAGGGAUGGCAGGACAGCGCUGGAGCUGGCCCUGGCUCACGGCAGCCUGGAAGUGGCCGAGCUGCUGCAGGGCCACAAGAGGGACAAGGACACUGGGAAUGUCACCGGGAGUGUCACCGGGAGUGUCACCGGGGACGCCCCGAGCUGGGCUCUGCAGAAGGUCCCAGACUGCGGGAGGAGAGAGAAUGGCGCUGGACAGGUGGGAAUCCAGGGCGAGGAAGAGGAGGAGGAAGAUGAGGAGCAGCGGGACGGGCGCGCUGCCCGGCGGCUGCGGGAGGAGCUGGCGAGGAAGACUCUGGAGUGCCGGCGGCUGGAGGAAGCUGCCGGGGGCAUCCGGCGGCGGCUGCGGGAGCUCCUGCGGCUCCUGCCGGGACGGGACGCGGCUGAGGAUGAGGAGGGUGAGGAGGAUGACGGCGCCUGCCUGGAGCUCCUGGCCCGGCGCGUGGCGGAGCUGAGGAGGAGGACGAGGGAUGAAGAGUGGCAAGCAGGACAAGGCAGCGGCGAGGCCCCGGCGCUGCUCCCGUUCCUGGCCUGGCUGGCAGAGGAGUGCUCCAAGAUGCGGGAAGCCUUCUCCCGGAGCCAGGAGCUGCGUGGGGAAGCCGAGAAUUCCCCCCGGGAGCCGCCUCGGGAGCAGCUGGCGGCGGGGCUGGAGCAGGCGCUGGAGCAGCAGGACCAGAUCCACGCCAGGAUGCUCCGGGAAUCCCAAACCCUGCUGGAACAGCUCCGCCGGGAGCCGGUGAACGGCACGGGCGGGAAGAGCCGGGAGGAGACGCCGGGAGAGCGCGGGAGGAUGGAGAGGGAGCUGCUGGAGCUGCGGGAGGGCAACGGGAAGCUCCUGGUGGAGCUGGCGCGGCUGGGCCGGGAGCGGGAGCGGCUGCAGCGGGAGCUGCGGGAGCUGCGGGAUCCCGGCGAGCGGGACGAGGCGCGGCGGCUGCGCCGGGAGCUGCGGGCGCUGCGGGACGGGCUGGGAGCCAAGGUGCGGGAGGCGGGCGGCGACGCCGGGGCCGCGAUUCUGCGGGAUUUGCAGCGGCGGCUGGACGCGCUGGUGCGCUCGCAGCACGAGGCCCUGCAGCUCCUCACGGAGAUGGAGGGGGAGCCCGGAAAAACGCCCGGGAGCGACGGCGAGGGCGGCACGCCGGCAGAACCGGGAGCCGGGGCCCCGCCGGGCUCGGAGGCGGAGCGGUGGCGGGAGGCGGCGGCGGCGGCCGAGGAGAGGGCGGCCGGGAGGGAGCGGGAGCUGCGGGAGCUGCGGGAGACGGCGGAGGGGCUGGAGCGCAGCCGGGCGGCGCUGCGGGAACGCGCGGCUCGGCUGGAGCGCGCCUGCCGCGACAAGGACGGGAAGCUGAAGCAGCUGCUGGUGGAGACGGAGAAACUCUCGGCCGAGGUGCUGGGGCUGCGGGGCCGCAGCGCCCGGCUGCAGCUCCAGCUGGAGGUGCAGCAGAAGCAGCACCGGGACACCGUGGCCGUGUACCGCAGCCACCUCCUCCACGCUGCCCAGGGAUUCAUGGACCAGGGCGUCCACGCCGCGCUGCUGCGGAUCCUGCGCGCCCAGGCGGGAGCGGGGCUGUGGCAUUAAACCGGGACACUGCCACACACGUGUCCCGUUCCGUGUCCCGUUCCGUGUCCUGCUCUGUGUCCUGUUCUGUGUCCCGUUCCGUGUCCUAUUCCAUGUCCCCAUUCUGUCCCAUCCCAUGUCCCGCUUGGUGUCCCCAUUCCAUGUCCUAUUCCGUGUCCCCUCCCAUGUCCUCAUCCCAUGUUCCCAUCCCGUGUCCCCAUUCCAUGUCCCCCUAUUCUGUGUCCUCAUCCCGUGUCC